AUGACCCAAUGGCUCACACAGGAGAUCGAGAUUACGCGUGCAGCGGUCCAGAGUUUACAUUCAACAGUGCCUGCCAUGCUCCAUAGUAUUGGCCAGGUUACAGUCCACGAGAUCCGUCCGUACCUCCGCGGCGUGGCGGAUCUGAAACGGCGAAUCGACUGCAUCCGUGCUCGAUUCACCCAGCAUGACCCAGUGGGAUGCCUUCUCAUCAAGAAGAGGCUCCAGGCGCUGGAAAACGAGUCGAACCAGAUGGCUGAGUAUUACAUCAAGCUCAUGCGGCACAUCGGAGACUGGCUUCGCGAGCUUCAACCAGAACUGGACGGACAAUCUGAAAGGGUUAAAGCCAUCCUGAAUGAUCCAAUUCUCAACAACCCGACAGUCUCCGUCAAUGAUUUUCCCUAUUCAUUCGCAGUACAAGACUGCGAUGCAACCAGAUCCGCCGGAUGGCCCCGUGGACCAAGUCAAACAGUAGGCUGGAAUGAGAAUGAGUGGCCAAAGACAAUUGACCCUCGUCUUUUGGAGUCAAGUUGUCAGGUUGAAAGCGAAACUGCAAAAUUGGAAUGA